ACUGAUUUUGUCAGCGAUUUUUUUUGUUUUGGAUUUACAAUAUUCAGCAAAUCUGGUAAUAAAGCGUUGUUAAAAAAUAGUAAUAAAACUCCUCACACUUUCCAACGCAUACAAUAUAAUAUAUAAAGUCUUAGAAAAUCAGUUCAAUAUCCAAGAGAACACCUGAAAAUGGAUCAUCAACUCUGCCUGAGUUGGAGCCAACACCAGUCCACGUUGAUCGGGGUGUUUGAGAACCUGCUGGGCAACGAAUCCCUGUCCGAUUGCACACUCGCCGCCGAGGGAAAAUAUCUGAAGGCCCACAAGCUGGUGCUGUCGGCCUUCAGUCCCUACUUUGCGACCCUACUGAAGGAACAGUACGACAAACACCCAAUCUUUAUGCUGAAGGAUAUCAAGUACCAGCAACUGCAUGCCAUAAUGCUCUAUAUGUAUCGCGGGGAGGUGCAUAUUCCGCAGAGCCAGCUGGCCGACCUUCUCAAAGCCGCCGAAUCGCUCCAGAUCAAAGGUCUCCAGCAGGAGGAUCACCAAAAAGAAUACUCUCCAAGCAAGCGGAAGGAUAUAUCCGGCAGUGAGGAGGGCAUGUCACUUCGCCCUCGUAAAGUUAGUCGUCUCUCGAAGAACGACGCCUCCAAACGUUCAACCUCCAUAGAAAAUAUAGAACUUCCAAGCCAAGAUACCUUGAACUACUCGAUAGAUUCCAAGCCUGAGUUCGACGAGUUUGAAAAUACUUGGACUAUGAGCGAGCCGAUGACAAUCCAGCAGGAUGAAGAUCAGGAAGAUGAAGAAAAUCAAAGCGAAUUCGCAGAUGUAGAUCCAUUUAUGGAUAUACCAGAAAAUUCCACAGCUUUGGUUGAGGAAAUAAAAAAACUUAGAAAGGAUAUUAAAGAUCUGAAAAAAAUUGUGACAGCUAACAACCCAAAGAUUUUGGAGGGGGUCUCAAAGAUCCCAAAUAUUUUGGUGGAAGUCUCAAAGUUGGGUGAAGCGCCUAUCACGAAAAGUCGUUUUCCUAUUGCAUCAUUUGAUGCUUUAGACAACUUUGAAGCGGAAAUGGAAAGUAGUCCAAGCAAAUAUAUUCCAAUCUUCAAGGCAUUGCUGCUCCCUGGCGGAAUUUCAAAGAACCUGAAAAGAGUAGUUUCCGACAAAUUGCUUUUCCAAAUGAAUUAUGCUGGAAUAAAGGAUAGAAAAGGCUUUGCAGUAUAUACACACUUGCUUAACGCCCUUUUCGAAGCUGUAAAAGAGGAUCACUAUACAUGGAAUGAUUUUAAAAAGGACUGCCGAAAAUCGAUUUAUAGAAUUAAAAAUAAGGUAUAUAAGAAUAACCAUUUUGCCAGAAAGAAGAUUCAAUCUGAGUUCACCGACGACACUGAAACGUAUUAAUAUUUUUCUCGACUUAAAUUUAAAUAUUCUUUAUUAACUCUUCUCAUGUUCUCAAUUAGCUAUUACCUAUUUAUACUUUUUGACUGUUAGUACAAACCAAAUCAACAUCAUUUGGAUAACACGUGGAAUGAAUAACAUCAUUGUUAUCAACAAUAUGUAAACCUGAAAUAUAUAAUAUAUUACUUUAUUUUUUUGUAUGAAUCAAUAAAACAAGCCGGUGGCUCGAAUUUUCAUUAACCUA